CCUGUGCCCCGAUCUGGGGUCCUGGGCCGGGCCGGCCGGCGCUGAGGCCCCAGCUGUGUGCCGCCCCGGGGCGGACCCGUCACCCCGCCGGGGGAUGCGAACCGCGGCUGGGGCUCGUCCGAGGCUGUCUGCCUCCUGCCGAGAGCUGGAGCCUGUUUUUGACGCCGGGGAGAUGUUUGGGAUAAUGCAAGUGCAGGAGGUAGAAGAGGAUGCUGUGGAGGAUGAGGCUGCCGGGGAAGCCCGGAGGAAGCAGCCCAACCCAGGCGGGGAGCUGUGCUACAAGGUCAUCGUGACCAGUGAGAGCGGGCUGCAGGCCUCAGACCCCAACAGCAUCUUCCUCAUCGACCACGCCUGGACGUGUCGCGUGGAGCAUGCGCGCCACCAGCUGCAGCAGGUGCCCGGGCUGCUGCACCGCAUGGCCAACCUGAUGGGCAUUGAGUUCCACGGCGAGCUGCCAAGUGCUGAGGCUGUGGCCCUGGUGCUGGAGGAGAUGUGGAAGUUCAACCAGACCUACCAGCUGGCCCACGGGACGGCAGAGGAGCGCGUGCCCGUGUGGUACAUCAUGGACGAGUUUGGUGCGCGGAUCCAGCACGCGGAUGAGCCCAGCUUCGCCACCGCACCAUUCUUCUACGCACCCCAGCAAGUGGCUUACACCCUGCUGUGGCCCCUGCGGGACCUGGACACAGGUGAGGAGGUGACCCGGGACUUUGCCUACGGAGAGGCAGACCCUCUGAUCCGGAAAUGCAGGCUGCUGCCCUGGGCCCCCGUUGACAUGCUGGACCUCAGCUCCUCCACGCCCGAGCCGCCUGCCGAGUAUUACCAGGCCAUCUUGGAAGAAAACAAGGAGAAACUGCCACUUCCCAUCAGCCCUGCAGCGUACCCCCAUGACCACGUCUUCAAGGUGCACACGGACGUGCAACAGGUGCUCAGCCACCUCACCCACCCGCGCUUCACCUUCACCCCAAGCGAGGCCGACGCCGACAUCCUCUUCAACUUCUCUCACUUCAAGGACUACAGGAGGCUCAGCCAGGAGCGGCCACGCGUGCUGCUGAACCAGUUCCCCUGCGAGAACCUGCUGACGGUGAAGGACUGCCUGGCGUCUGUGGCUCGCCGGGCAGGCGGCCCCGAGGGGCCCCCCUGGCUGCCCCGCACCUUCAAUCUGCACACCGAGCUACCCCAGUUCGUCAGCUAUUUCCAGCAGCGGGAGAGGCGGGGUGAGGACAACCACUGGAUCUGCAAGCCCUGGAACCUGGCCCGCAGCCUGGACAUGCACAUCACCAAGAGCCUCCACAGCAUCAUCCGGCACCGCGAGAGCACCCCCAAGGUUGUGUCCAAGUACAUCGAGAGCCCCGUCCUGUUCCUCCGAGAGGACGUGGGCAGUGUCAAGUUCGACAUCCGCUACAUUGUGCUGCUGCGCUCCGUGGCGCCACUCCGGGUGUUUGUGUAUGACGUCUUCUGGCUGCGGUUCUCCAACCGGCCCUUCGCACUCAGCGACCUGGACGACUAUGAGAAGCACUUCACUGUCAUGAACUAUGACCCGGAAGUGGUACUGAAGCAGGUGCACUAUGACGAGUUCAUCCCUCAGUUUGAGAAGCAGUACCCGGCGUUUCCCUGGAGCGGUGUCCAGGCUGAGAUCUUCCGGGCCUUCGCCGAGCUUUUCCAAGCCGUGUGCGCCAAGCCGCCCCCUCUGGGCCUGUGCGACUACCCUUCGUCCCGGGCCGUCUACGCCAUCGACCUCAUGCUCAAGUGGGACAGCCAUCCCAGUGGGAAGCCCGUGAUGCAGCCGCAGAUCCUAGAGGUAAACUUCAACCCUGACUGCGAACGGGCCUGCCGCUACCACCCCACCUUCUUCAACGACGUCUUCAGCACCUUGUUUCUUGACCAGCCCGCCGGCUGCCAUGUCACCCCCCUUCUCUAG